UUCAAUCAUUCAUUAAAAUCCGCAAUUUUCCGUCAAUAAGCCAAAGAGUAUUUGCGGUUUGAAGUUGAACUUUUAUCCGUCAUGUAGGAAUGAUAAAAAAUACUUGUUUCGUUUCGGGGGCGUAACUAUAAUAUUACCGUUUGAUAAAAUAAAAUAUAGGUUGAAUAAUGAUUUAAUCUAAAAUCCAAUCGCAAUUUUGAAAUGGCUCACUCAAGUUUCAGCGCCGUCGACGAAUAUGGAUUCGAAAGACAUGAUGAUUUCGACUUUGAGAGCUAUGAAGAAUUUAUGUCGGUAUACCUAAAAGUAUUGGCCUCAAGGGCACAAAAGUGGUCCGUUUUGCUUGGAGAAGGGAAGUCUGUUAAACGCACCAACACAGUCAAGAGAUAUGUCCGUAAAGGAGUCCCUGGUGAACAUCGGCCGUCGGUAUGGAUGGCAAUAUCUCAAGCAGACAAGAUGAAAGACCAAUGCCCUGACCUAUACCAGAAGAUCCUCGACAGUCCUUUUGAAAAAGAGCUAGUUGAUUUAGUUAAAACUGACCUACCUCGUACUUUCCCUGACAAUAUCUACUUUUCUAAGGAAGCUAAUCACCAGGCACACCUGUUUAAUGUGUUAAUAGCUUAUGCUCAUAACAACAAAGCUGUUGGUUAUUGUCAAGGCUUGAAUUAUAUUGCAGGUUUACUUUUGCUAUCCACGAAGAGUGAAGAAACAUCAUUUUGGCUUCUCAAAGUUUUGGUAGAAAAAAUACUCCCAGACUACUAUACAAAGACCAUGGAUGGUCUGAUUGUGGACAUAGAGGUGUUGUCUGAACUAGUCAAAUCCAAGGCACCUGAUGUCCAUCAACAUGUAAUUAACUUAGGUCUGCCUUGGGCUGUAAUAACUACAAAAUGGUUUGUCUGCCUCUUUGCUGAAGUGCUACCCAUAGAGACAGUAUUGAGAAUAUGGGACUGCCUUUUCUAUGAGGGCUCCAAGAUCCUAUUCAGAGUGUGUUUGACAUUGAUCAAGAAUAACCGGGCAUCUAUACUAGCAUGUAAUGAUUUCACUUCCUUGGCAGAAUGUUUUAAGGCUAUCGUCAAAAAUGCAAGUGCAUUGCAUUGUCAUGAGUUUAUGCAGUCAAUAUUUAAAGUACCUGGAACUUUAUCCAACGCCACAAUCCUGAAGCUCAGAGCUCGUUUCGCGAAGCAGCGCCGGGAGCAACUGCGGAAGGAGCCACGGUGAACCCAGUAAUUCAAUCCUAAGGAACUUUUGAUCUCAUCUUUUCAAAAGAUUUACCAAAUGACUACUAAUAAAUUUUUGUUAACAUACAAAAGAGAUAUUUUACAAUCUUCCAAGCACAAAUUGAACAAAAUGAUCCAUUUUAAGCAGGGUUGGACGAAAAACAAUUUAAUGAAAAACAAAACAUUUUUCUGUUUAAGACAUGUUUAUAUAUGUUUUUUAUUAAAAAAAAAAUAAGUUUAAAACACUCAUUUUUGUUUAAAACAAGGCUAACCCUGGUUUUUAGUAAUUUUGGGUACAUAUCACAGCAGUGUUACGUAAUAUGUUCAAUGAAUCUAUAUCAGUUAUGUAAAUACAUUCUUUGAACGUGUUAAUCAACUCUAUGACGACGCGUGACGUGUGUAGAAUCAAUUCAAAUCGUAGUAUAAAUAAGGAACACCUUUGUAUACUAAACCUAUUUAUUAUUGUGAUAUGCACCCAAAAAUAUUUUCAUUAAAACAUGAACAAUAAGUAUUUAAUUUACAUUUAGAUU